AUGGAUGUUGGAGAGGUGAGCUAUAUGUUGUUGGAGGUGCUCAUUGCUGUUAGUUGCUGUUUGGGUAAUAUGUUUGUUAUUUUGGCACUAUGGACCAGUAAGAGCAUCCAGCAGCCUACCUUCUGCCUUAUUGUCUCCCUGGCUGUGGCUGAUUUUAUGGUUGGCUGCGUGGCCAUACCACUGGCUGUGGUGGUGGACGGACGAGUGUGGACUUCAUUCUACGGCUGUCUCUUCAUCAGCUGUGUUAUCAUCUUGUUGACACUUGUCUCAGUUUUCUUUCUUAUGGCGAUUGCAGUGGACCGAUUUCUGCGGGUGUGUAUCCCUCUAAGGUACAAAAGGACUGUAACACAGAGACAUUCUUGGCUUGUUGCAGCAGCAUGUUGGCUCGUCGCAGUUCCACUGAGUUUUGCUCCAAUGCUUGGAUGGUACAAGCAUGAAACCUUAUCUAAGUCAGUCAACUCUACCAUUGUCUGUAGUUUCAUAGAUGUGAUCCCCAUGUCAUACCUGGUUUACUGCAGUUUCUUCCUCUGCAAACUCACACCUCUGUUGGUGAUGACUGCACUCUACGGCUACAUUUUCUGCAACAUCAGAGCAAACCUCAGAGAUAAACCAGGCAACAGUUCCCAGAAACAGUCUCAGAACUACCUGAAGAAAGAGAAACAGCUAGCAGGAUCUCUGUCUCUGGUCUUGGCUCUGUUUGCCCUGCUCUGGAUACCUAUCCACAUUACACAUUGCAUGGCUUACUUUGGUGCGCCGAGUGAUGUUCCAGUAACAGCAGUCUAUGUCAGCAUCCUGCUUUCUCAUGCUAACUCAGCUGUAAACCCAGUUGUGUAUGGGUUCAAAAUACAAAAGAUCAAGACAGCGUACCUGAAGCUCUGGAACCAGUAUAUAUGGAGAAGACAAUCAAGGAUCUCAGAUGAGCCAGAUGACAGACAACAGUCUCAGUAG